UCCCUUAGUCCCCUUCCGCAUACUUCCUUGCUCAGUUGCUAUAUCGGUUAUACUUCCAACAUAUCCCUUGGGGAGUUGACGAUCGGACCCUUGGUGCCUGUCGGGAUCUAUUGAUUAUUGAUUGACGUGGGUUGCCCUGGAUUAUUGUUCACGAGUUUUUGUCCGAGUUCUCGACGGCAAAACUUCCACUUUUGCCAGUUUUUUUUUUACCAUAUAUUCAACGUCCCGGGGCCUGUCGAGCAACAUUCCGGUGCCUUUCUACCACGCAUUCCGCGGCUGUGUCAGCGACGCACUGUUCCCGUCGACUGUCUCGUCAUACAUUUUUCAGGUCGCAUUAGGAAAUCAAGGGCAGCCAAUCGCCUUACAUGUUGAACUGCAUUCGACGCAUUGAGCUCUCCUGAUAUAUCCGCAUUCGAGUCAUAGAGGUAGUUCCUUUCCGUACUGUCCCUUUCAAAACGCAGUCCUGUCCACCUCACUUGCCCUCUUUAUGUGUGGCGCAUAGACGGUAGGCGAAAUCCAAAUCGUCACAAUGGCGCCCUCACUCUGGGAAAAGACCAAAGGGACCUCUAAAAAGGGCUUUGAUAAGGCAUGGCACACUCUCGACAAACUGGGGGACCCUGUGAAUCGCUUGUCCAAUAAGGUUGGUGCUGAAGCCUUCUGGCCGAUGACCCUGGACAGAGAAAGCGACAAGGCAGCUCGCAUAUUACGAAGCUUUUGCAAAGAUGGUUUCUACACCGAUGAUGAGGCCGAAAAACAAAGCACCGAUGCUGUGAAGAGUGGCAAAAUAGAUCGCCCCAAGGGCAAGCAACGAGUUAUAAAGAAGAUCCCCACGGAGGUCAUCCAGCGCGCUAAAGGUCUCGCCAUCUUUACCACGAUGCGUACGGGUCUCUGGCUCAGCGGCUCGGGGGGAAGUGGCGUCCUCUUGGCUAGAAUCCCCGAGACCGGUGAAUGGAGUCCUCCCUCGGGUAUCAUGCUUCAUACCGCCGGCAUUGGCUUUCUAGCGGGCGUUGAUAUCUAUGACUGCGUGGUCGUGAUCAACACGUAUGAGGCGCUAGAAGCAUUCAAGAAGGUUCGCUGUACAUUGGGCGGGGAAGUUAGCGCAGCCGCAGGUCCAGUGGGCAUGGGAGGUGUACUAGACUCUGAGGUUCACAAGCGCCGAGCUCCCAUAUGGACCUACAUGAAAAGUCGAGGCCUGUAUGCAGGCGUCCAGGUAGACGGAACGAUCAUUAUUGAGCGCACCGACGAGAACGAGCGUUUCUAUGGUGAGCGUAUAUCCGUGACAGAUAUCUUGGCUGGGAAAGCAAAACGUCCUCCGACAUCGAUUAAAACCCUCAUCCAGACCGUCAAGGCGGCCCAGGGCGAUAAGGAUGUCGAUGAAAGUCUGGUUCCUGCUCCCGGAGAACCAACUCCUGGGGAUGUAGAAGUACUACCGACCUCUGGUAGUUCUUCUCCUCCUGGCAAGUUUGGAAUUCCGGCUCCGGAUGACCCGGAUCCUUUCGGCGUCAAAGCUUUGGAGGCCGAGGGUCUCUUUAUUCGCGAAGCCGGCACCAAAACUCGUCCACGUGUGGAUAGCUUUGAAUUUCGACCCAGCCCUAACAGCCCUAUCUAUUCGACCUUCCGCCACAGCGUUGAUAGUUCACCACGCAACAGUUGGCGGGCUAGUGUACAGAGCUACUCCAGCAUCGACAGAGGUACUCAAACCGACGAACCCCCACUGACGGCCCCGACUACUAUCAGCCGCGCCUCAUCCCGGAGUAAUCGAGAUUUUAUGGAACGCUCGGAGAAAAACCCAUGGGAUCACGAGGAGCGUGGAUGGGAAACUAUUAUCCCAGAGCACCCAGUGGAGCACUCUCACAAUGCCACCCAUGACGGCGACGAUGGCCUAGUGGACGAUGACGUUGAAAUACACGAGGUCAGCAGUGUCACAGUCACGAAAUGCGACAGUUUCCCUUCUUCGCCCGUUGAAGAUUUGACCUCAACGAGCCCCAAGCGUCAGUCACCUACCUUCACUCGUGCACGAUUAGUGACAAUCCCCAAGAGAACUCCUCCUGCAUUGCCGCCGCGAAAUCCCUACCGGGGAGGCUAUGGCUCAAUGUCAACUCCAGUCUCACCUACUGCUGGUCCUCCGUCUCCUAGCAAGCGGUCUGUGGUAUCGAGCUUGGGAAUGGCGGAUCUAAACAGCUUCGCAGAGCUGCCUCUGGACGUAAAGAUCGACGCGUCUAGUAUUUCAUCUACUGAGGCUUCUCACCUCCAUCAGAAUGACAAUGUCGACAAGGAUGAAUUUCAUUCUAUCUCGACCGUCGGCACAUCCGACUCGGCGUCGGAUGGGGGCUUCAGUGCCAAAGAUGCUUCGGUCACCGGCACUAGUCCCUCGAAGACCGAAGACACUUACCACACUUUUGAUGAUAUAACCGGCAACACCCUUUCCAAGCUUCAGCCUCGUCACCCAUCAGACGUCGCAAAACCAACCGCCACGGAAUUAGAACACUCAACAACCAUCACCGAACAUCACUACAAAUCUGCAAUGCAUUCUUCACUUGCCUAGACGCUCUACUCCCCUCAUCGCUCCCUCCGUUCUGCUGUACAUACUACCUGACAUACCUCCACCUGGAUGAUCGUCCCACUGUAUAUGGCGGCGUCGCGAACGUCACACUAUAUGUAUUCGACACCAGGCUUCACAUGCAUCCUCCUUUCUUUCCUCUUUCCUUCUUCUUUCUUUGUACCCUCUCAUCUUAUCUUAUGUAAUUUGCACCUACCCAUACAGCCACUAAAAUAUUGCUCUCUUGUUUGCUGUUGCUUUUAGCGUGCUUUUUGUGUUUAUUUGGAACAUGCGGAAUGGAACGCUUGGGCGUCAUGGGUUGUUUAUAUUUCUCGACUUGAUGAUUGGGGUGUUGGAAGUAUCCCUUGGCUAAGGGUUAACAUGGACAUGGACUAUGUUGGUUAUAUCGUUUUGGAUGUUUCUUUAUAUCCCCUUUUGUUACCUACUCAUGGCGGCGUCCCGAGUCGAAGUAUUGUCCUUAAUGAAACGAUUGUAUGUUGAAUAUAUACAAUCUCUUCCGAAUUUCCAUAAUACCGUAGCUCAUUAGAUCUAUA